AUGCCGACCGGCGUAGAAGUCAAGAAAGUUAAUUACAAUAACCCGUCAUCGCUCGUCGAGGCCCUUAAAGACCAAGAGGUCCUCGUUAUUACAAUGGCAGCUACUGCACCGAAGGAACAGCAGACCAAGCUCAUCGAGGCUGCAGCAGCCGCAAACGUACCAUGGGUCUUACCAAACGAGUUCGGAGGUGACCCUACCGAAAAACAAGUUUGUAUACGUCUCGUCUUUCAACGUCAGCCAGAAAGAUAUGCUGGAUUCUGUUAUGCGCGUGACCGGCACCAGUUUGAAAGACUGGAAAGUGAACUACGAGCCGGUCAAGGAGCGCUAUAA